UUAAAGGGACCGCACAUCCUCAAAGCAAAAGUAUUUUGACUUCAGAAGAAACAUGCUCUGAAGCUCUGAAGAGGAGCAAGAAACACCAAGGAGCUCAGGAGUCGGUUGCUCAAGCGGCUCAAAGGUCUUGACGACGGAGAACACACUUCCGGGGAUCCCAAAGCGAUCAGUCCGGUGCGGGAGCUCAACUUUGAGAAGAGAGGUGCGCCAGGAAGACUCGGGGAUUCCUUCAGCUCCUCACCUUCAUGGGCCAGACGGCCCUGGCAGGGGGCAGCAGCAGCACCCCCACCCCACAGACCCUGUACCCUGACCUCUCUUGUCCCGAGGGCUUGGAGGAGCUGCUGUCUGCUCCCCGUCCUGAUCUGGGAGCCCAACAGCGCCACGGCUGGAAUCCCAAGGACUGCUCAGAGAACAUCGAGGUCAAGGAAGGGGGGUUAUGCUUUGAGCGACGGCCCGUGGCCCAGAGCACUGAUGGGGCUCGGGGUAAGAAAGGCUACUCGAGGGGCCUGCACGCCUGGGAGAUCAGCUGGCCGCGGGAACAGAGGGGUACCCACGCCGUGGUGGGCGUGGCCACGGCCCUCGCCCCGCUGCAGGCUGAUCACUAUGCGGCGCUGCUGGGCAGCAAUAGCGAGUCGUGGGGCUGGGACAUUGGGCGGGGGAAGCUGUAUCAUCAGAGCAAGGGGCCCGGGGCCCCCCAGUAUCCAGCCAGACCUCACGGUGAACAGCUGGAGGUGCCGGAGAGGCUACUGGUGGUUCUGGACAUGGAAGAGGGAACUCUGGGCUACGCUAUUGGGGGCACCUACCUGGGGCCAGCCUUCCGCGGACUGAAGGGCAGGACCCUGUAUCCGGCAGUAAGCGCUGUCUGGGGCCAGUGCCAGGUCCGCAUCAGCUACCUGGGCGGAAGGAAAGUGCAGGGAAUGGCAAAAAGGCUUCACAGCUGUUACUUGACUGUAUCCCAGCAGCAGUAGAGAUAAAAGUGAGGCUCGGGAAAGUCAUUUGCUACUAGUGGUGAGUGCUCAGAACAUAGUGAGGUGCUCCAGGGCUUUCCAGCAGAUAACAAGCUCCUGAAGCAAGAGGUGCAUAGAGUUAAAUGGAUGCUGGACUAGCUGUAGGAAGAGGAUGGACAGUGCCAAGCACCCAGGGUGUGGACCAGAUCUGGGAUCUGACCUGUUUGUGCUUUUUCCUUCUAAGGGGCCUUUGAGGCCUUGGGCAGCUAGAGGGAGAGCAGGGAAGGCGGCAGGGUGUUCGAGUGGGGCCUCCUCUAGAAAAGAUGGUGUCCCCAGCCUCAGGGCUGAUGAACUUCACCCUGCUCUGCAGUUGUGUGCUCAGCAGAGAGUGGGUAUCUCUCCCCGGUGGAGAGUUAUUUGAGAGUGGAGGAGUGCCAUCCUUCCUCUCACCUCAUUGUUCUCGGCUCCAAGGCUCUAUGGAAUCCAAGCCUGGAUGAGCUCCACUCUGGUCCAAGCUGCCUUGGCCUGUUGCUUUGGGGGCAGGGGGCAGCUUAGCUAGAGCUUCACCCCCAGCAGACUGGGGAUGCAUGAGAUCAGUGAUGCCUACCACCGUCAAGAGCAGGUGCAGAAAUUUGGGGUGCCUUAGAUCAUCCUCUCAACCAAGACUCCAAGCAGGAAAGCAGAAGGGAAUUUGGGUAGGACCCUGUAGUUUGAGGUCUGGCUGGUGGCUACAUCCGAAUUUACCUUCC